UUUUUUUUCUAAAUGUGAUGUAAACAAUGUGAUUACAAUUGCCCGCGUGCUCACCGCCAUAAUUUUUAUUUACAAUUAUAAAUUAAUAAUUCAAUGUUAUAUUGAUUGUUCAGAAAUUAUUGUAAAAAUACGUGAAUUGUAUUUGUAAUAUAGAAAUUUUAAAUGAGGAUAAAAUAAUUUAAAGUAAUGCCUGCAGUUUGUGAUCCAGUUGCGGCAGCAAUACGCCAAUCAUUAGAUAUUGGACGAACAAAAUCAGCUGGUGAUGAUGUAUCAAUAUCAUUGACAAGUGGUGCAUCAAAAAUACUACAAAGUGAAAUAAAAUAUGAAAAAAUUGAUGAUUAUCAAUCAAAUGUAUUGGACAAUCUUAAGACAAAAUAUACUGUCUUAAGUUUACCUAAAAUUAAUGAACGUAAUAAUAAUAAUCAAAUGGAUAAUAAUAAUGAUAAAAUGAAAGAAAAUAAUAAUGUUUUAUUACGUAAAAAAAAUGAUAAUAAUAAAAUUAAAAAUGGUCCAUCAUUACCAGAACCAAGUGUAAUAUUAUAUCCAUCAGAUAAAAUACAACUUGGAUGGAAAGGUACAUUUCCAGUUGGUGCUGGAAUGUAUAAUGUUGGUAAUACAUGUUAUUUAAAUAGUACAUUACAAGCAUUAUUUCAUGUACCAGCACUUGUUAAUUGGUUAUUAUCAGAUACUCAUCAUAAUUUAAAAUGUGAACAAAAUGGAGGUGGUGGAGGAGAGUGCCUUAUUUGUGCCAUGGCAAAAACACUUCAAUUUAGUCAUCAAAAAUCUGGCAAUGCUAUUAAACCAUUUUAUAUUUGUAACAAACUUAAAUUAAUAUGCAGGACAAUGGUACCAGGACAACAAGAAGAUGCACAUGAAUUUUUACGUUAUCUUCUUGAGGGUAUGGAACGUGCAUAUUUAAAUCGUGAUAAAGCAAGUAAACUUGAUAGUUAUUCAAAAGAAACAACACCAAUUAAUCAAAUAUUUGGUGGUUAUAUACGUACUGAAGUUAGAUGUCUUCAUUGUCGUUAUGUAUCAACAACAUUUUCACAUUUUCAAGAUUUACUUGUUGAUAUUAGAAAAGCAAGUACACUUGAUGAAGCAUUAUCAAAUUAUUUUAGUCGUGAACAACUUGAUAAUAAUGAUUAUAAAUGUGAAUCAUGUAAAAGACGUGUACCAGCAACAAAACAAUUUAGUUUAGAAAAACCACCAAAAGUUUUAUGUGUACAGCUUAAACGUUUUAGUGUACUUGGUGGUAAAAUAUCACGUCAUAUUGGAUUUAAACAAACAAUUGAUAUGGGACAAUAUUUAUGGCGUGAAAAUAAUGAACAAACACGUAAAUUAAAUUAUAAAUUAAUGUCAAUUGUAACACAUAUGGGACCAUCUGUUAAUUGUGGUCAUUAUACAGCUGUUGCACAAGUAUCAACUGGACAAUAUUAUACAUUUGAUGAUGCAUCAGUACGUUCAAUUAAUUUUUCAAAUGUCAUGAAUACAAAUCCAUAUAUUAUGAUAUUUGAAAUGGAAUCAUCAUCACAUAAUCAAUUAAUUAAUAAUCAACCAAUAAAGCUCAAUACAUUAAAUAAUAAUAAUAUUAAAACUAUUACAAAUAAUUGUAAUACAUUAAAAUUAACAAGUCCAAAACCAUCAACAUCAGCUAUUACCACAACAACAACAACACCAGCUAUUAAAAAUGGUCAUACAAAUGGUAUUAGUAAAACACGUGAACCUGAUAUGCCAAUAAUUGGACCACAAUUACCACCACCACCACCGCCACCAUCAUCAUCAUCAACAAAUUUCAUUGGCCCACAAUUACCACCCCAAAAAAUGAAUGAUAAAUCACAACCAAAAAUUGUAAUACUUACUAAAAAUAGUAAAACAUUAAAUACUGGUAAUAGCUUGGUACCAUAUGAUGGCUCAAGUGAUGAAGAUGAUAAUACAACAACAACAGCAACAACAACACCAACAGUUAAAAAUAUAAAUACAUUAAAUAAUAAUAACAAUAAUAGUAGUAAUAAUAAUAAUAGUUCCAACAACACUAAUAAAGUUAAUAAUAACACAAAUGGAAUUGCUAAAACAACAACAAAAGAUGUUGCUAAACUAGAAACCUCAAAAGCCUCAAUAAAAUCUUCAAAUUUACCUCAAAAAUCAAGUGCCUUGUCAGCAAGUACGACAAAUGGUAAUGAUAAUAUUAAAAAUGGUAAUGAUAAAUUAACAGUUGAUAAACAACAACAACAAAAUGGUAAAACAGAAAAUAAAACAGAAACAAAUGGAAAAGAUAAAUUACAACAGCCAAUUAAAAUAAAAACUUGUCCAGAUGAUAGAGUUUUAACAAAAGCAGCAAGUAGUAUUAAUGGCUGGGAAGUAUCAAAAGAUGUGCCUUCACCAGCAUCAGCAGCAACACCAAAUGGGUGGUCUGUCACUGAUAACAACAAAGAUGAUACUAAUAAUAAAAAAUCAAAUAAUACAACAACAAAUUCAUCAGUACCAAGUGCAGCAGCACCAAGAAGUUUCAAUGGUACAAAUAGAUCAGAAACAGUAUCACAUUUACUCAAGAUGUCAAAUCGUGGUUACGGCAAUCCAUCGGUGACAAGUUGGAAUGGAAACAGGACACAUUUGGAUCGUGAAGUCGACAAUGAAAGACGUGAAGAACGUAAACGUCAUUAUGAUGAAGAUGAUGAAGAAAUGGAUCGUGGUAGAUGUAGAAAAAUUAAAAGUCAUCGUGAAUAUGAUGGACGUUCAAAUCCUGGCUACAAUCCAUUUCAAGAAUAUCAAAAUGGUAAAUCAUGGAAUAAUCGUUCAAGUAGCGGUGGUUAUCAUCGUCGUAAUGGAAGUAGUUAUUACAAUACAUCAAGUAAUAGUCGUGGACGUCAUGGGGGUGGUAGUAAUCAUAGAAAUCAUCCAUACAGAUAUCAUAAUAAUCAUUCAUCACGUGAUCAUUGGCAACGUAGAUAAAAUGUACUAUUUUUAUUUUAAUUAUAAUAACAAUGUUGAUAAUUAUAACACUAGCUAAAACAAGUGAAAAAAACAAAUAGGAUAUUAUGCUGUUCACAAUGAUAAUGAAUAAAUAAUAUUAUGAAAAUUUACCGACAAAAACGGUUAAAAUACCGUAAAGCAAUAUUAUAAUCUGAAAAAAAUUAAUAAUAAUUUGCUUUUUUGAUCAAUAGACAAAAUAAUUAAGUUUCAUCAUGAAAAAUUUAUCAAAAUAAAUAACGAUAAAAUAAAUUUCGAUAUAAAUUAAAAUCAUGUAAAUAAAAUUUACAUGAUCGUUAUUUAUUUUUUUGAAUUUAUUACGACGUUCUAAUGAAUAAUAAUAAUUAAGUAAAAUUAAAAAGAAAGAAACAAUUAGUGUCAUUAAUUAUUGUAUGAGAGUGUGGGAUUUUUUUUUUUUUUUUAAAUAAAUAACGUGUCUUUUUAGUUUUUUUUUACAUGGCAUUCAUGUGCAAUGAUGAAAUUGCAUGUGAUUUAUUUUUGAAAAAAAAAUAAUAAAGACUCGAUUAAUUAAGUUACUCCGGUGUUAUUGCGAGACGUAAAUCCGUCCUCAUUAUAAAACAAUUAGUUAAAUAUAAAUAUGCCUUUAUCAAUGUAAUUUUUGACUGGAUAAAUUGACUUACUCCCACCUCAAUAAUUAAUGCUAAAAUGCUUGUUAUAAUGGUGUAAAAAAAAAAAAAAUUGCCAAGCAGAACUGAAUACAAUAUUAAAAUUUGUAUAAAUUUUUUUUUUU